AGCAGCUUUGGCACACGCUUGGCGCAGCCUUUGAGUGCGCGGCACGGUCGCCUGGGACAUCCAAGCAGCGGCUGAAUCCGCACAGGGCGCCACGGCGCGGGGUUGGCGGCACGAGCAGUUUGAUGCAUGGGCGCCGCGGAGCAACACCACAACCAGGCCGACGGAACAAUGCUUAUUGGCAAGAGCAGCUUCUUGGAGGUAGCGGACGCCACGCCCACGCACAGCAGAAGCAAGUGCGACAAUCGCCUUGAACGCGACUGUCGGGAAUUCGCUGCGCGGAUGGACCGGUCCCCCAUUGGGACCGCAGAUGGGAGCGCCACGAGCCACCAGUUGGAUUCAGAGUCGGUCUCGGUCGCCUCGGGUAGUCGUUGCUCUUGGGCGGAGAUUAGCGACAGCAGCCAGUACAAUAUCAGCGGGUACUGCGUGUUCAGCGACGAUAGCCAGGACGAGUGCUGCGGAAACUCCAGCUCUGCGCCUGGCGGCUCCCAUCCCGCGAAUCGCAUCCUUCUGUUCAGUGAGGAGCGCGAUGUCGGAGAGCAGCGGGAUGCAGCAUGGCAGGCAGGGAUCGAGGAGCAGCACGCAGCUCACGCCGCCGGCCACUGCAAUCCGUGUCUCUACGUCAGCGCGAAACUGGGCUGCCUCAACGGUGCCAACUGCAAUUUCUGCCACCUCCCGCACGCGGUCAAGUCCAGGUCGCGACCCAGCAAGGCCGUGAGGGUGCAGGUCAGGAACUUGGUCGAGACGCUGGACAGCAAGUGCGAGCGCGACCCGCAUGCCGCCCUGGGGCGGCUGGCCGACACCUUUGGGGCGCGGGGGAGCGGCGGCGAGUACAUGCUCAGCAUCCUCAGGGCGAGGGACCAGCAGCAGGCGGCGGGUGAGGACACGCUACGCGCCGGCCCUCGCGCGAAGCCAGGGCGCCAGCCGCGUCACGGCUAGAAGCGCGGGGCUGCGGGGCAGGGAGAGGCAGAGGGUGGGAAGUGGGUCGAUUAGAGGCCGAAGGGUGCCAGGCACAUGCUGUCAGGACCUGGAGUUGCCAUGGUGAAUUUUUCUGAUGGAGGGCGUGUGUACCGUCGCUCCUAUGGCAGCGCUUGGUUCCGCCAGUAGCUAAAUCGUUGCAGUGCUUCUUUGCCACCGUGUUAACUCUCCUACUUAGCUGAAUCGCUGCAGCUUUUUCUUCUAACCAGUCAGCGUACGUACUCUGCCGUCGCUUUGCGGGCAGUGUUGUUCUCCCAUCCAUCUUGUGGUAUUGGUUGCGCACUGCCAGGCGGCCAACUGACUUGCCUUUGUCCGCCCCUUGUGCGCACUGCAAGGCGGCAGCAAGCCGCGGCUUACUCUUUCAAUCGAUCAGGGUGCGUACUCUGCGGAUUCGCCCAGACACCGUUGCAGAUGGGCCCUCUGAAUAUCGCAGUCGAGAGACGAUUAUACAGGCUUUGACCUUGUCUAGUGGUGCCCGUGAGAUCAGUCAGCUUUCUCAUGUUGAAGUUCAAGUGACGCUUCGCGUCGCCCCACCAUCGCAUCCGGAAGCGAUGCCCAGACGAGUCGCUCUGAUCAAGGAUGUGGAGGAGCAUGCAGUGGAAUAACGGAGUGCUCCACAGGAGGGGAGGGCGCGAG